GAGCGCGAGGGCGGUAGCCAGCACCAGAACCUCUGUGAGAAAGCAGCGAAAAAACACUAAUGACACAGCAUGAGGAGACAGUCAUUCCAGUAACAUGGACAAGUACGAAAAGGUGAAGAAAAUUGGGGAAGGCUCAUUUGGGAAAGCCAUCCUUGUGAAAUCCAAAGGGGAUGGACACCAAUAUGUCAUCAAGGAGAUUGGCAUAUCUGGAAUGUCAAGUAAAGAGAGGCAGGAAUCUCGGAAAGAAGUUGCUGUUCUUGCCAACAUGAGUCAUCCCAACAUUGUACAGUAUAAGGAAUCCUUUGAAGAGGCUGGCUGUCUGUAUAUUGUGAUGGACUACUGUGAGGGUGGAGACCUGUUUAAAAAGAUCAACUCUCAGAAAGGAAUUCUGUUCUCAGAAGAGCAAAUCCUGGAUUGGUUUGUACAGAUUUGCUUGGCACUGAAGCAUGUGCACGAUCGAAAAAUCCUCCACAGGGACAUUAAAUCGCAGAAUAUAUUUUUGACCAAAGAUGGCACUGUGCAGCUUGGAGAUUUUGGAAUUGCGAGGGUGCUUAACAGCACUGUGGAACUGGCAAGAACAUGCAUAGGAACUCCAUAUUACCUAUCACCAGAGAUCUGCGAAAACAAACCAUACAACAACAAAAGCGAUAUUUGGGCCCUAGGGUGUGUCCUAUAUGAAAUGUGCACUCUUAAGCAUGCAUUUGAGGCUGGCAACAUGAAGAACUUAGUUCUGAAGAUAAUACGUGGCUCCUACCCUCCUGUGUCGGUUCACUACUCCCAAGAUCUGCGUUCUCUCCUGGCACAGCUGUUUAAACGCAACCCGAGAGAGAGGCCCUCAGUCAGCAGCAUACUGGACAAACCUUUCCUCUCCUGUAGGAUAGAAAAGUUUCUUACACCACAGAUCAUCGCUCAGGAAUUCCGCCAUACUUUUCUUCACAAGCAGCCUAAAGUGGGUGUGGUGCAGGUGCCACCAGCCCAGAAGAUUACAAAACCAGCCACCAAAUACGGAGUGCCUUUAACUGUGAGGAAGGUGUCAGAUGGAGCCAAAAAGCCGGCAGAGAGGAAACCAGCUGUAAAACAUAAACCAGCCCCUCUCCCAGCAGCCCCCCAGAGGAGAGUGAGUCAAGUGGAGGAAGAGAGGAAAAAAAUUGAGGAUGGCAUGAGAAAGAAACGAAUGGAACUGAUUGAGAAAGAAAGGAAACAGAGAGAGCAGAUAUACCUGUUGAAAGCAGAACAAAUGAAGAGAUGUGAAAAGGAAAAGAUCAAUCGAAUAAACCAAGCCAGAGAACAAGGCUGGAAGCAUGUCUUGAGUUCUAGUGGAGGUAGCAGCCCAGAGAGGAAGUGCUUUGUAGGAGGUAGAAAGAGGGCUGCCGGUGCUGGACCUUAUGUCCCAGGCUCUAUUCAGGGUCCUACUUCAGGUCCCAUCCCCAGCAAAAGCCCAUAUGAACACUACCAUGCUGCUCUGGACCAAAUGGCUAAACCACAGUCUAAAGACAUCAGCAGGGAGGGAUCCUCAGCAGGACCAGGCAGUCCAUCUCGUGUGCCGGCUGCUGCUGGCCCAGUGCUGCCCAAUGGCCCCGCCCGACGCCUAAACCAUGAUGCAAUCAAAAGAGAACUUCAGAGGCUGCAGCAUGUUUCAAAACACGCUCAUAUUAGUAGGCAGCGUAGUCAUAUGGCAGCUGAACGGGCCGGUCAGGUUGAGGAGUUUUUACAGCGGAAGAGAGAGGCAAUGCUGAACAAAGUGCGAGCUGAGGGGCAGCUGGAGUACUUGGCAAGACUGAGGCAGAUCCGCUUGCAGAACUUCAAUGAGCGUCAGCAGAUCAAAGCCCGACUGAGGGGAGAGAAGUAUGACAGCGAUGGUUCUGACAGCCAGGAGUCCAGUGAGGAGGCAGAGCUCAGGAGAAAGAAGAUAGAGGCUUUAAAAGCUCAAGCAAAUGCCCGUGCUGCUGUACUGAAAGAACAACUGGAGAAGAAGAGGAAAGAAGCACACGAGAGAGAAAAGAGAGCUUGGGAAGACCAUCUUGCUGCUCGGGGGGUGAAGGUCGGCCUUUCAGCUGGAAGCAUAGCAGCGGUGGCAGCAGUAGCAGUAUCAUCUACCUCUGACAGUCCUCCUCCACAGCCCAGCUCCUCUCAGCCAGACACAGCUGCCAAAGUUUCAGCCCUGCCUGCAUCCAAAGCCUCCACUCCUGCUAUAUCCAUGACUGCUGCCCUGAAGAAUGUUGGAGCAAUUACUCCACUUAAAGAAAGCUUGCCUCAACCAGAGACUUCCGCUGUGAUUCAGAGUGAGAAAAAGAAGAUUCUGUGCAGACUUAACCAGAACCUGAAAACCCAGACCCCGAUGGAGGAGGUUGAAGAGUCGCUUCCAGCCCCUGCAGAACCAGGUCCUGUUCCCCAUCAGACCCAGUCUGAAACAGAGAAACGCCCUUCUUCCAAUGGAGACCGUAAGAAGUGGGAAGCAGCAGAACUGCCUGAACUUCCUGUGGCUCAGCAAACCUUGAAGGACACGGGUGCCACAACAACCACCACUUCACUGUCCCCACAAGAUAGACCAUCAUCUGGUGGCGACAGGAAGAAGUGGGAAGCAGGAGUCCCACUUGUGCUCGCUGUGGCCCAACAAACUCUCGAGGAGACAUCCGUCACGACCAUCGAGCAAACAGUGGGUGAAGUUAUAGUGAUGGGUAGGCUGGAGGAAGAAGCUCCCAGGAAGGUGUGGAAAGCGAGUCCAGACUCUAUGGUGCUGAGAGUGCUUCAGGAGGCAGAGCUUCAGCCAGUCACCCAGGAGCUGGAGAAUGUCACAAUAUGUGAGGAGGAGUUUUCUAGUCCUGAUAAUCCUAGCCAAGCGGCAGCAGCAACUGACAUUGUGAGAACGCCUAGAGAAGUGUUGGCCUCUGCUGUGGAUCAGAGCCCUGCAGCUCCAAAUGAGGCUUCACAUCAGGAAAUGUCUGUGGCCAGCGCAAAGGAAACAGUGACACUGCCACCCAGCAUUCCCCAGGAUCCAGCUGAUUUGGAGUCGUUGGUUUUGGAAGAGGGUCCUAAACAGGCCUCGCAUCCCCAAGCUGAGGUACAGCAAGCAUGGGAGCAGGAAGUCCAACGGCCACCAGAGGGCAUUACAAGACCAACAGGCACCAAGGAUACUGAGAAGAUUGCAGAGAAACCAACUGAAUCAUCUGGCUUAGCACAGUGUGAGGAGCCCCUAUUUAUGAAGUUGUGUUCCCCAGCCCACCGACGCACCGCUGCCCUUGCUAUCCUCUCAGCCCAGUCCUCCAUGGAUGAUUCAUCCUCUUCUCUGGCCUCUCGCUCACGCUCCGUCUCACCUCUGCGCUCCAAACACCAGGAUGCCCUCCUCAUCGGUCUCUCUACCGGCAUGUUUGAUGCAAACAACCCUAAGAUGCUGCGGACCUGCUCUCUACCAGACCUCAGCCGACUCUUCAGCCCCCCAAAGGACACCACAGUGGUUAGUGGGGCUAAUGCUGCUCCAGACAACAACCUGGAAAUCGAGGACCUGGAUGAGGCAGCCAAAGAUGAUGACCAGUCAGAAACUGAGGAUGCAUAUGAGGACGAAGAUCUGCGAGACAUCAGGGCCUCCAUGGAGAGGCUGCUGCAAGAGGAGGGUGACAUCAUGAGGAGUUCUCCGGAGGUCGGCUCAGGAGACUUUAAUGGAAACCCUCCGGAGGGUGGAGACCAGGAGCUUUUCAACAGGAUCGCAGCUGAGAUGGACCAGGACAACAACAAGAUGGCUGUAGAUGACGAUGAAGAUGAGGAUGAUGAGGAAGAAGAGGAUGAAGAGGAGGACGAAGAGGGCGAGGAGGACGAAGAGGAGGAGGAUGAGGAAGAAGAAGAAUGCUCAAAUGGGAGUCCUGGUGAUGAGGAGGCAGGGGAGCUGCUCACCAAUGGUGUGGGAGAAGAAAACCACAGUAACACCAGCCAGCUCAAUGAAGAAUGGCAUUCAGACGGCAGCGGAGAGGACCAGGUCGGGGAAGCUGAGCAUCAUGACAGCAUCUUCAGCCGUCUGGAAGAGCUUCGCUUCAACCUGGAGCAGCAGAUGGGUUUUGAGAAGUUCAUUGAGGCCUACAAUAAGAUUAAGGCUAUACAUGAAGAUGAAGAUGAGAAUAUUGACCUGGGCUCCAGUUUGGUUCUAAACAUUUUGGGAACUGAACACCAGCAUCUGUAUCCCAACAUCCUUCAUAUAGUGAUGGCAGAUGGUGCAUAUCAAGAAGAUAACGAUGAAUAAUGUUCUGUGCAGUGGAGCUGCUGGCAGCUGUGACAAUCUGCUAGCUACUUGAUGUCUUCCCAUGACGCACAUCAUCGGCAGAAGGAUCUAUGCAUGAAGUGUUGCACCCACACGGCUAACAGUGUUUCAGGUGCACUUGCAUGAUGUACACUCGAGACUGUAUUUCAUACCUUGACUAUCAGCACCUGACACUAUUUUCUAAACCAGUGUUCAUUCAGAAGUGCAUUAUCGAGUACAUGUUGUUAUUAACCAAAGUCAAGCUUCAAGGUUCUGUAAAUGUUUCUGAAAGUCUUCGUCCGUAAGUGAAUGACACGCGUGUUAUUGUCACAUUAGUUAAUAGCAUAGCCUGCAUUAUGUUUUACUUGGUUCAGUCGUACUCCUCAGUGGCAUUUUGUUUUGGUGGGUUAAGAUCUGGUCCUCUCAGGUUCGCUCUCUCUCUGUCCCAAUACUCAACCACAGCUUCAGAUUCUAAACCAGGUCACCCUCAACACAGAUGCACUAUGAUUUACUCAACAAAAACCAGUUAAACCUCCUUUUCUUACAACUGUUUUCACCAAACGAGAAGUUGAAUAUUAUCUAAUAUGUUUUCCACAAAUUCUUACUGCUUCAGUUAAUCCAGAUUUUUGUGAGCCAGAUGUUGUUGUAUGUUGCCAAGGUACUGUAGCAAGACUGUGGCUGGUGUGGUGUGUGGGCCAGGUCAGACUGAUGUUCAGAGAGUAUACAGGCCAAUAAUAAUUCGUAUUUGAUUCUAAGUUAAAUAUUGUAAAUCUUUAUAUAAAAUAAACACCUUUUUUUUUUUAAAGAA